ACCUCAUACGACUUGCUCGAGACGUGGUUCCCGGCGCUCCGCAAACGUAUCGCUCAGACCGAGAAAGUCAAUAAUAUAGGCGCCGCCGGGGAUGAGGACCAGGACUCGCCCUCAGUGGUUAGGGCUAACCAAAGGGCGCACCAGAAGUACGGGCAUCUCAAUCAACAGAGACAUUUAGGCACAAGCAGUAGGUCGUCCCCAUCUGGACGGUCACCGCAGGCGUCCAUAAAUCAGGCCUUCGAUGAGGAGGAGAACAGUGAGGAACUGGAGCUCAAGGAAAAGGACGUAAACCUGGCGUUUAGGACGAGCUCUCCGUCCACUUCCUAUACGAGGGGCGACACUAAUGGCCGGGAAAUGGAGUACAUUAUGUCGACCCUUAACGACGCCGACCGACACCAGCUGCGAGACAUGCCUACCGGUGCCGCUCACGAAUGUCGACACCGGGUGCCCACCACCGACCGGCACCGGGAAACCCGCACUGCGCCCACCACUCAAAACUCGAGUCCUAAGUACGGCCACAAACCGGUCAAUAAGACUAUGUCUAGCGAUGAGAGCCUACUCUCGGGCGCCGGGAGUUUGGUUAUCGAGGAGAGCGCCAGUAGUGGCGGAGAGUCGAGCCCCGGGUCGGGCGUUGUCUACAAGAAUAUUAUCAUUAAUUUAGGCGGUUUAGGGUUAGCCGGGUCUGACUAUAAUGACUUGUCGGGUGAUGUGGGGCCGACAUCCAGUUCCACCGAUAGGCUCCCGAUGGCACCCAAAGUCAAUAAUAUCGAUACGACGGCGCCGGAGGUGAAGCCUCACCACAAACACCACUCGUCGAGCAAAUGAUGGCUAACCUCGUGGUUAGUCUUAAGACAAUUGUCACUAUUAUAAGAGCUUUUCACAUAUAAUACACCGGAAAGUGCCGUCAGAUAUCACACAUA